UAGUCAAGGUCGUUUAAAAUUCUAUGCUUGACAGUGAAAAUUUAAUUUUUACCGUAAACACUGACUAUAUAGUGUUGCUCGUGUGUGAUUAUUGUAUUUGUGUGUGAGAAUUUUAAAACAUUUCUUGCAUUCUUUUGCUUUGUUAUGGACUGCUACAUUUUCUUCAACUGCAACCGGAGCCGCAUUUGUGUUAAUUACUACUAUUGUUGUGUUGUUACAAUUUAAAGCCAUUGCAGCGUAGAUAUUUUAAUUGUGAUUCUACACUUGCAACAGCUGAGACUCUGUAAACAACGGGAGCAUAUACGGAUUUAUUUAAAUAAUAUAAUUGAAGAGAAGAAAAUAUGGCAGCUGUGGCUUAUAUAGAUUCGUAGGCAUUUAAUGAAAACCUUUUUGAAAUGUUUGAAUUUUCUAAGCAAACAUUUCAAUUUUAUCUACAAAAUGGCGGGCGAGAGAUCAGUACAUCAUCAGCGACGGCCACCUGACGUUGAAGAAGCUCUUUCCUCAAUGCUUUGGACGCCAUAUGAACGCAGUUCGACUGACACCUCUUCAGAUGAUGAAGAUGAGCGUAUUCAAAGGAAUUUAAAAUCAUCUUACGUUAGUUUUUGCUCAGACUAUACAGCAAAUCGUAGUUUUGCGGCAUUAGAUACUGAAUAUGUGACUUUUAUACCCACAUCAAUGGCUACGUCAACUACUGCCAAUCCUCAUGAGUUGUCUGAUUUGACGUCGGCCGCAGCAACUACAUGUUAUUUUACGGCUGCUGGUAAAUCAUUCUACGAACCAUUAGCAAAUGUUGCAACACCUUUAGUGCCUUUACCAUACUCCUCCGUUGUGCUAAAUACGCGCACGCCAGCCGUUACUAAUUAUUGUAAUGACGAUAGUACAUUAAAGAUGAGUGGUGCUGCACAUUAUUGCGAACACCCAUAUUAUCAUAAAGCGUCAAGUACAGGUAACGACAACAUUUCGUAUACCCGCACAGAGAAUGCUACUCCUGUUGCUACUAGACAGUCAAAUAAGCCUUUACAUUCACGCUAUGCAGCGAUAUCAUCGCUGACAAAGUGGUGGUCACCCCCGGCUAAUACUGCUACCAAUGGUAGGAGCAGCAGUAGAUCGGCAGCAACUAUUACGGAGUCGUCGUCAAUAAUGGCACCAAUAUCGUCAUUAACUUUAUCAUCAAAUGGUAUUGUUAAACGACCGCCAUCUUAUGAAUCGUUGUAUGCAACAACAAAGUCAUCGUAUCAUAAUAACCAUCAGCAUUUGCAUCUUUUUAAACCAAUGUUGAAUACGUUAAAAGCAAACGUUACCUCAAUUACUCAGACUCGUCCUUUAACAGAUUUAACGGAGACAACAGCGGAGAUGAUGAUAAUACAACAACAAGACGAACAACAGCAACAGCAGGAACAACAGCGUAGGGCAAAUAUAUCUACAAAUGCUUAUUACAAUACUGAAAGGCAUUUGGUGCGUUCAUUUACUGACGAUUUUAUAGUUGAGCGUUGUGCAGCUGAAUCACGUGUGCCGGCCACAAAUGUUGAUAAGCAACAUAUAAAUCUUCGCAAUGCAGUCAGCGAUCAAAUCAACAGCUACAACAGUUGUAACAACACACAAAAAAGUCAUUGUGAAAUUUUCACAAUGCAAAGUUUAACUAACGUUAAAAGAAUAUCGAUGAGUCAUCAUAUGGAUACGAAUGUCGGAUCACAACAAAACCAAGAAAAUGAAAUCAACAACCACACUGGAGAGUUACAAGAACAGGUCACUCAACUACGAACACCAAUAGAGAAAAGAAAAAUGCAUGCAUUAACUUGUGCGAGAGACAGCAAACACAAAGAAGAGAAACAAGAAAAUGAACAUAAAAAUGAUCAACUUUACACAGACCUCGUAUAUGAUUAUGCGAUUAGUUCGACGCGUUCAUUCGAUGGUGAAACAUUAGCAGUGGGUUAUACGCGGAAUACAUACGAUACACUAAAAACGACCGGCGGAUUAGUUAACGUGCUUACGAAUAAUUCAAUAAAUUUGACACCGGAUAAUAAAUGUUUAGCCGAAUUGGAACGUUUGUACGCGGAAUUUCGGGCUAGCGAGAAAAUAAUCGAGCAACAGCUUAAAGCUAAAGCUUACGAUACUAAUAGUGAUUUGAAACUUUUUGAUACGGAUUGCGCAAAUAUGCGUUUAAAUGUACCCGCCUCGACGGAGGCAUUUAAUCGUAACGGCGUCAAUUUAACGGUGAAACCACAUAAUAGCUCGAAUAGUGUCAUUUUAACCACAACGAAUAGUGUGACUGCUUUAACGACAAAUGAAUGCCAGCAUUCUCCUAGUUUAACGAUACAAGUAAAUCAAAAUAAUGAUAAAAAUACAGCAAACAAUGAUAAUAAAAAAAAUCGAUUUAACGAUAGUGGUAGUGACGCAAAUAUUAAAUUAUUGCAAAAUCAAAAUCAAAGCGAUAAAAAAGCUUUAGUGCAUCAGUCUAAUGUAAAUAUAAUAACAACAACAACAACAACCACAACAACAAAUGGCGUUAGUGUAGUGAAUUGUAAUUACGGUAACAUUGGUAGCAAUAAUGAAAAUAACAACAAGCAUAUUAGCAGUAAUAAUAAUAAUAAUGAUAAUAGUAACAAUAAUAUUAAUAAUCAUAAUAACCAAAGCAUAACAAGUUUAUCGAUAGAUGCGUUUAAAUAUAUACAACAACAGCAGCAGCAACAACAACAAAAUACAACUACUCACGUAAUAAAUGGCCACAAUUCAAAAGCAUCAACAAGAACAACUGCAAAACAUCUAACAAAUAGUUCCGAAAAUAAUCAAAAUUCCAUUACUAGUUACUAUCAUAGCGGUAAUAGUAACGACAGCAAUAACAACAAAAACAAUAGUAGCAACAAUAACGACAAUAGUAUUAGUUUCAGUUUAGUGCCUAAUUUAUACAAUAAAAGCUAUGAAGCAAUGAAUGCUGUGAAAAAUGAAAAUCGAUUUGCAAAUGAUGAAUGUUUUAUCAGCAGCAGCGGCAACUACAACAACCAUAAAAGCAGUAAUAGCAUUAAUAAUAUCAAAGUGAAUAUAAUACAAGUGAAUGCAACCGCAACUAUAGCAACAGUUUCCACAGCAGCUUCAACGAAUGUAACAAUUGCUGCACCAGCAACAACAACAACAGCAAUAAUUCCUAAACGCACUUUUACCUCAACUGAAUGCCAAACGGAUGAUAUACCCACGGUAAAGUUACGUUCAACCGCAACAUAUGCUGCUGCUAAUGCUUCAACGAUUCCCCCACAUUCCCAACAUCGUGACCAAAGACGUCGCGAAAGACGCGAACGUCGCUAUUUAGCGCACAAUAAUUCAUUACUGGGGCAAAUUCCAACGGCCCUUGCACGUGGCCAUUUCAGGCAUACACCAACGUAUCCUCACCAUCAUCAUCCACAGCAUAAUCAUCAUCGUUUAUUAGAACGCCAUUCAAUGCCUGCUUCUCAUUUGACUGCUUUGUUACACCCGGCCCAUAUGCAUGCCGCCAUGACUGGUACUCAUUUAGCCUCGUUAUCCCAUCAGUCAACACCCUCACCGCCCCCUCCGCCAUCCCCAGCCACUAUGCUACGACCCACGUUGCCGGAUAUAUUGCAUAAUCAUUUUCCUCCGCCAUAUAGUGCUUUACCUUGCGGCGGCAGUCAAAUGUCGAAUGGCACAACAAUGGCUUUAGCAGCACCCCCACCAUUACCGUCACCGCCACUGCACGGUGCAACUAUAUUAGGAUCGGCGUCGCCAACUCCACCUUCUUCGGCAGCUGGUACAACUAUCCUUACGUCAGUGAUAUCAACGGUUCCUAUGCCGGGUGCAACGGCAAUUGUUAAUGACGGACGUUUCUCUUUACCGUUGCCCAUUAUACGAAGAUCACCUUCGGAGCGUUCCGGCAAAGGCUGUUGCGGUCAAUGGUUUGCUGGUCCUCCGUUACGUGCCUUAAUAGCUGUUGUUGCUUUGGGUGGUGUCGCCUGUGCUUUAGCCGGCGCCGGUGUGGGCUUCACUGGUGUUGCCGGCCCGCCCAAUUCUCAUCUAACAGCAGCUUUAUUAAUGAUAGGUGUUGGUGUUGUAUUGGUUACGGUAAGUGGAGCAGCUUGGCGUAUGACCGCACCGGGAGGACCCCCUUGCUUAGGUUUAAGUUCUGGUGUCGAUUUAGGACGUUGCGGCCGUCGUCCUUGCAGUCGAGGUGGCGGUGCACCGCAAGGUUUAUUAUAUCCAGAAUUUCAACAUCGACCACCGCCGCCUUCCUAUCAGGCUAGCAUGCAAGAAUAUCGUUUAAGACUAUUGUUACUGGACCGUGAUCGUCAGAGUGGUGUUGUGCGUGGGAGUUCACCACCGCCUACUUAUCGUUCUCAUGCCGGAAGUCUAUUAAGAGCCCCUUUAACUAGCACCGUACGUGGUACAGCGAGUAGUAUCGGUGGCUCAGAGUAUAGUUUUCCGCCCAGUUAUCGUUCACGUAAUAUUACUCCUGGUACGAUAAGUAACGAUCGUAGCAUUGAAAUUGAACCAUCAGGCAGACUUUUAGCCAACGAAGAUAUUCCCGAGCCUUUAAGUGUCGAACAAGUAUCUGAAUACAGUUCAUUGCAGCAGAGGCGUGCUGCUGCCAGAGCUACUGCUAUUAGCAGAGAACAGAAAUCGAAUAAAAAAGACUUUGAUGGAAUGGAAGAAAAAUGUACGGUAAAGGAGCGAAGAACAAAAGAUAAAUUAAACAUAAAUGAGGAUAAUCAGGACAUGGUUACUAUAGUUACGAUCACAGCGCCCAAUGGAAUGGGAAAUGGAAAUGAGACAAUUGCAUCAACGUUAGCAACCAAUAGCGCCACCACCAUCACCACGACCGCAUCAACCACAACUAUUGAUGAGGCGAUCACAACGGAACAAACAGAAAUUCUAGCACAUUUAUAAUAUCUUUAGUACUUACACAAUCAAUACGCCCCAAUACAAAAAGUAACAUAUGCAACAUUAAUCCGCUAAAAACUUCAAUUAUACGUGAAAAAACUAUAGUAACUUUCUAUUGUAUUUGUAUUGUUGUUAUGCUCGAAUUUGUGUGCAGGGGUAGUAGGCAUGAUUUAUAUAUAUAUUGUAACAUAUCUCUAAUGUUAUAUUUCUCAUUAACAGUCCAAAGGUUAUUUAGGCUAAACUUAGGAAAGAUACAUAAAAUAAUUCAUAAUUUACCUAAUUUUUUUUUAUAUUUUGUUCUUUAACUGUAUAUAAAAAUGU